UGUACGGUUUAAACGACUAGAUGACUAGUCUUGCACAUCCCUAGUAUCAGAUGAACACUUGAUCAUCAAUGGUGAUUUUAACUGUAUCGGCCUUUUAACUGUAUGUGUUAAAGCUGUGGCUACAAUGUGACCAUCAUUUUCCAGAAUGAGAGCACCACGAUUAUUUCGAGCAUUGUAACAACAUUUUGUAAAUUGCAGUCUAUGCCAGAGGAGGUGCGUCAGUAUGCGAGAGCUGGAGAGGAUAUUCGGCAUGCCAGUUUUCAUCGAAUUGUUGUUAGCACAUGUUCCAGUGCUGGAAUGAUGUACCAGAUCGGCCUGCGUGUUUGUCAUUUCACCCAUGUGUUUCUCGAUGAGGCUGGUCAGGCCACUGAACCUGAAACUUUGAUUCCUAUUGGUUUACUUUCGGGGGAAAGUGGACAGAUCGUGCUGGCUGGUGAUCCAAAGCAGCUUGGACCAGUGAUAAAGUCGAAAGUUGCUUCUGCUUUUGGACUGGGAGUUUCUUUUCUUGAGAGACUGAUGGGAUUGCCACUUUACAGCUGCGGUGAGAGAGGCUACAAUCCCAAAUUG